AUGGAAACUUUUUUCACAGAAGUAGACAGUAAGAGUGAUUAAUCUCAUUUGCGAGAAAUCAAUCAGUUACUCAUGCGACUAAAUUUAGAAUCACCGCGUACAUAGCUUGCCAUGAAAGAACUAAAUUUAACUAAAUAUGAUUGCUAACUUAAGUAAAAUAGUGCCCAAAUUAUCAUACAAGAACUUUGUCCAAUUUCUUACAUUAUCAUAAUGAAUCGAGAACCAUGUACUUAAACCAUUUACAAAAUCUUAAAGGUAGCCAAUAAUUCUAUGAUAUAUUUAGACAAUCUCUCGAAUUUAGUGAAUCGCAGAAGAGAAAUUAUUGGUCCAUCAAUAAAAAUCGCUCUGAGAACACCUAAAUAAUUUAAGCAAUAUAACUUUGUUAAGAAGGUUUUUGAUCAUGAUCUCAAAUAGCUAUAUCAAUCGGAACUCUAAAUAAAAGCAGCAUAACAAAAGAAUACUGAUAAAAUCUAUAGACAAGUGGAAGAGAAGUUAAAAUCCAUCUCUCAUAAAGCUAAGCAGCACAAUAACAAAGUUGAAAGAAAACUAUCUUUAUUAAGGGAGAGAAGAAAGCACGAACUUGAUGAUAGGCUAAGUAAAAGUCUGGAUUUUGAUUCAAAAUUUGAACCUAUCCAAAAGACCUUGUAAGAAUCAAAAAUGAAAUUCUAAAUAAUGAUGCAAUCUAAAACCCAAUAAACUUUGGAUUAUCAUAGAUAAAAAAAGAAGAAUAUUACAGACUAAGAGGAAUUACGAAGAACUAAAUUAUAAUAUUCAAUGGAAGCCUCACAGAGAAGCACUUUUAUUAGACAAGGCAUAGCAAGCUAAGACAGAAUACAAUAGGCUUAAUUGAUAGAGUUGGAUCAGUAAAAUAAGGUCAUUCAGAAAAUAGGUAAUUAAGUUGAAAAAACAAAUUAAAUGACUUAUAAGAACUAGUAGGACAUUCAAAAAACUCUAUAGAAAUUGAAAGAUGAAUAAGAUAGGAAGUUUAGUAAGGUGCAUAAAAAUCUAAACUCAAAAACAUAGAUGCAAUCUUUGAGGGAAAGCAUGAUUCAUUAAGAAAUACAAGAUAAAAUACUUUUCAGCAAUGCUAAGGCCAGAAAAAGGUUGGAUGAGAUUCAAUCAAAAAUUAAAUAAGUAGCACAGCAAAAGCAAUAGAAAUAGCAAGAUUUAUUGAAUAAAUAUAUAAUAAAAAUGGAAAGAAGGAACGACAGAAUUAUGGAAAAACAUGUUAAACUUAGAUAAAAUCUUAAAAAAGGUAGUAACUCUCAUAAUCUCACUUAAUAACAACAUUAGCUUGUAAUUGAGAAGGAUGAAUUAAACUCUGAUAUCACUAAAGUGUAAAGAUUGGUGGUCAGCAAGUCAACGAAAAAUAUAUAAGAAUUACUCAACAACUUAAGAUUCAAUUGA